AUGUAUGUCAAGCAAGCUGUUUUGUUGGCGGCGGCCGCCUCUAUGGUCGCUGCAAACCCAGUGCCGGCACACACUCCUCCUGGAAGGAAGAGGGACUUCCCAUAUCCCAAUGGCAACAAGUUCGGUUUGAACGGCCUUGACUUCUACUUCGCCGGAUCGAACGCGUACUACCUUCCAUUCAGCAACGACUACGCCGAUAACCUCGCUGGCUUGAAGGCUGCCCGAAAAGUUGGCCUCAAGGUUAUGAGAACAUGGUGCUUCAACGACCGAAAUGCUACCUUCGAUCCCAACGGCCUACCAAAAUACUUCGAGGACUGGACCGGUACUUGGUUCACAGAAUGGAAGGAUGGCGGUGUCACCAUCAACUAUGGACCCACUGGUCUUCAGAAGCUUGAUGCUGUCGUCAAGGCCGCUGAGGAGGCCGAUGUUAAGUUGGUCAUGACCCUCACCAACAACUGGGCCGACUACGGUGGUAUGGAUGUCUACACCAUCAACCUUGGUCAUAAGUACCACGAUGAUUUCUACGUCAAGCCAGAUAUCAUCUCCAAGUUCAAGGACUACAUCAAGGUCGUCGUCCAAAGAUACAAGCACUCCAAGGCCAUCUUCUCGUGGCAGCUUGGUAACGAGCCCCGUUGCGGUGCUGACGGAAACCGCAAUCUUCCACGAUCCCCGGAUUGCAAUCCAGCCAAGCUCCACGCCUGGUUCGUCGAAAUCUCCGCCUUCAUCAAGUCUCUCGACCCCGACCACAUGGUUUCCGUUGGUAGCGAGGGUGCUUUCAACCACCCCGAAGAUCCAGACUGGGCUUACAACGGCGCUGACGGUACUGACUUCGACGCCGAACUUGAUAUCCCAACAGUUGAUUACGGUACCUUCCAUCUCUACCCAGAUUGGUGGAGCAAGACCCCACAAUGGGGAACCCAGUGGAUUAAGGACCACGCUGCUGCUGGCCGUGCCGCCAACAAGCCAGUUGUCUUUGAGGAGUAUGGUUGGUUGACCCCAGACAAGCGUCUCGAGUACCUCGGCCAGGUUUCAAACUACACACGUCUCGAAGUUAUUAGGGAGUGGCAGCAGACCGCCAUUGCUGAGAGAAUCGCUGGAGACCAAUACUGGCAAUUCGGAUGGUACGGAUGGAGCUAUGGACCCAACCACAACGACGGUUUCACAAUCUUCUUGAACGACACUGAGGCUGGCGAGAUUAUUAACAAGCACGCCAGACAUGUUAGCGCACUUAACCAUAAAUAG